AUGGCGUCGUCCAGUGGUAGCGUCUUCUCCGAGACGCUGCAGGAGAUCAUCAACGCCAAACUAGAGGAGCUGUCCAAAAGACGGUCGGAUUUCGAAUCUACCAAGGCAGACAUCAUCUCUGCAUUGGAGAAUGAGAACAGGCCUACCGAACGGCUUGGCCUUCUGAGUCGAGGUGUCAAGACCUGCUUUGGUGUCAAGACCAACCAGUUUGGCCAGAUCAUCUCGGACCAGUCGAGAGAUCCAGAUCUCGAACUCGAGUUGAAGUACCUCGAUCGCUUCUUGACGCAGUCCAAGUACGACCCGUCCGUAUCGUCAGAGCUGAUGCGCACGUGGGAAGAGUCAUUGUUUCGCCACCUCGACACGCAGUCACUGAAGUUCCAGUAUGCUUCGCUGUACGCCCAGCUUGUCACUGAGUGGCUCUCAACCGAGAAGUCCAAAGCCAACGCAGGAGACGAUGUGGCCAUGAUGGAGGGAUUCGAGGACGUCGCAGACACGAUGAAACAAGAUGCCCGGCGUGACUGGGAGAAAGUCGUGUUCGAGCCGGCGAAUGUCAAUGAUGACGGGCUUCGAGCCUACCUGAAUCACAUGUUUGGCCUCCGCAGCUCAGAGAAGACGGCUAAAGCCAUGGCUCUUCAACAAUUUCGCACCAGGGUCGCCGAUUCAGUACCGCCACUGCAAUGGGUUGCUGAUGGUCUACUCUCCUCUGACCUUCUCACGGAUGAGAAACGCGAGGUGUUGCGAAACUUCAAGAACAACCCCAUCAUUCUGGCCGAGGUUGCCGAUGUCCUGAAUAUGAGGCUUGCGGCGUUAGAAACUUGGUCUUGGGGCCCAAGUGUCCCCCUUGAGCAGCGACGGAAGAUCAGUGGCAUAUACAACGUCCUCAUGCACGAGGACCUCCUGCAAGCCCUGUUCCUGCACUACCUCGGCGUCAAGUGGUCGAUGUUCCUCAAGUCAGCAUUUGAAGAUUUCCGAAACUUCCCCGGAGCCUGGAAAUCAUCGUUCAAGGAUAUCCCCAAGAUGGACAUGCAGCGUCGCGGAUACUAUCUAGGCGGCGAGAACCGUAAGCGAUGCGUGCAAGCCAUCAGGGAUAGGGAUUUAUCGCAAUCACUACUUCAUGGCCAACCUGAUGGCAAAGAUACUCAGCAGAACGAGUCGCUCGAGGGCGAGGAAGAAGUAGAAUUCCGAACCAACAUAGAUAGGGAUAACAACAAGGCCGUGCGAUACGCACAGCAACAGGGACCUCUGAUGCAACAGCGACAGGGACAUUUAAUGGCGCAGAGGGCAGGCAGGGGAAUGGCACCGGUCAAUUACAUGAAGCCGGACGACGACGAGGAAGACGGGGAACCAGAGGCCAAGCGGCCAAUGGAAGCCAAACAACGGUUGAUUCGCCUUCUAUCGACCGAAAUUGCCGUCAACACCAAGCUCAACGGCGAGAUCACGGCAUUCCACUCCAUGUUUGAGAGUUGGAACUCUCUCCUCCCCCACACAUCGAUGUUGACCGUCAUGUUGCUAUUUGGAGUCUCGAAGACGUGGAUUGGAUUCUUCACCAAGUUCCUCAAGGCGCCCCUCAAGUUCCUCGAAGAUGAGCCCUCAGCAGCUCCGCGCACUCGAUGCCGCGGGACACCGGCGUCCCAUGUGCUGAGCGACAUCUUUGGGGAGUCGAUGCUCUUCUGUCUCGACUUCGCGGUCAACCAGUCUACCGGGGGUAGCGUGCUAUUCCGCAUGCACGAUGACUUUUGGUUCUGGUCGCGAGACCACUCCGUCGCAGUGACGGCUUGGAAGUCGGUAUCAGAUUUCGUCAAUGCGACUGGGACGUACAUCAGUCCCUCCAAGAGUGGCACGGUUCGAAUCUCGAGGGAGUCGACUGUCUCGCUGGACAUUGACAGGUCGCUUCCCGAGGGCGACAUCCGCUGGGGAUUCUUGAAGCUCUCAACGCAGACGGGAAGGUUCGAGAUCGACCAGACCAUUGUGGACAAGCACGUCACCGACCUACGCAAGCAACUCUACGACAAGCGCAAGAGCAUCAUCUCGUUCAUCCAGGCCUGGAACACGUAUGCCGCAACGUUCUUCACCUCGAACUUCGGGAAGCCCGCCAACUGCUUUGGGCAGGACCACGUCGACCAGAUGCUGGCAACCCACCAACGCAUACAGCGCGAGGUCUUCUCUCCUUCAUCUUCAGCAUCCUUAAUCGGCGAAGGCAAUACUUCAGAAGGUGUGAGCAGCGUCGUGGACUACUUGAAGAAGCUCAUGGCGGAACGAUUCGGGGUGUCGGACAUACCCGACGCCUACCUGUUCUUCCCCAUCGAACUCGGCGGACUAGACCUGAAGAGCCCUUUCAUAUCCAUUCUGCAGGUGCGCAACACGGUGCUGCCGGAUCCAACGAGAAUCCUGGACACAUUCCUCGAGGCCGAGAGAGACAACUACAACGUCCGAAAGGCCGCCUUCGACAAGGGCUGGGUCCAUCAUCAGGGCCUAGACAACCCUAAUUGGCAGCCCGAAAGCCAACGGGACCGAGAGACGUUCAUGAGUUUCGACGAGUUCGCUCGGUACCGCCAAGACAUGAACUACAACUUCCACAAUGACCUCGAAAAGGUCUACAAGAAGUUACUCGAGCUUCCGAGCGAGGAGGGCAUAAUCGGCUGCAGUAAGGUGACGAACGGAAUCCAGGCGCUCUCAGGGCAGGGCAACCUCAAGGGAAUCCACCACAACUGGCAUGGUAUGGAUCCUUACUGGAGAUGGAUUGCCCAGCUCCAUGGUCCUGAAGCCAUGGACCGCUUUGGGGGUCUCAAUAUCGUCGAGCCUGGACUCUUGCCGAUUGGGAUGGUGAGCAUCUUUAGAGACAAGCGGGUGAAGUGGCAAGGCUAG